AUGUUGACGAAUUACUUAUUUGUUGCAGCUAGCCCGGAUCAACAAACCUGGACUGCCUAUGGGUCCGAAAGAAUCCGAGCACAGACAGCUGAGCUAGCAUCUCUUGCAAUAUCAACCACACCCUCGCAUGAAAUUGGAGCCGAUUAUCGUGAAGGUAACAAUACUCUGCGGUCAGGAGGUGGCUUUCCAUCAAUUGACCGAGUAUCAUCAACAGAUAGCCCCAUUCUGGUGAAAUCACACCUUCCUCGCGCUUCAAAUACUCGGCAGGAGCCAUUUGUAGAAGAUGGUGGCCUGUGUCCACCAGAGGACUAUUCCAGAUCAUCGGGCCCGUCCCAUCUCACCCGCCUUUUGCGGAAUCCGCCUCCAGCAGAGACCCCGGUCAGCAGUAUGAAUGGUAUGGAACGGAACAAUGAUCUAAGACAGGACGAAAUAGCUACGGAAAGAGAUAGCUUGCUACAAACCAAAAUAUUAGAUCAUAUUCCGCCGUCAUACAAUUCAUCUUCACCGAAUGAAGUCGAAGCUCAAACAUCUUCGGCGGCUGGAGGGAAGAUCGGAUCCCUACGAAAUCCGAAUAUAUGUUCCCUAGCGAUAAAACUUUCGUCGGCAAAACAUUGGAACCGACGGGUGAUUUGGACUAAUGCAGUUGUCGCACCGAUUAGUGCCUUUCCUGCUGUUGCCUUGGCACUUCUCCUAAAUCUCCUCGACGGCCUCUCAUAUGGGAUAAUUCUUUUCCCGUUAGGCGAAGCAAUAUUUAGCGACCUCGCACCUGACGGCCUCUCAAUAUUCUUCGUUAGCACGAUUGUCUCCCAACUAGUAUAUUCUUGCGGGCUUAGCAGGUUCAAUGCUGUAGGUUCCGAGAUGAUCGAGGUGGUACCGUUCUUCCACAAAAUGGCUUUCACGAUUUUAUCACAAGUCGGACAAGACAAAAGGGCUGUCAUUUCGACAACUAUAUUUUGCAUGGCGCUCAGCUCCGUUCUAACGGGUGUCGUCUUUUUUCUGCUUGGCUAUCUUAAAUUGGGAUCUUUGAUUGGAUUUGUCCCUCGUCAUAUCCUUGUGGGGUGCAUUGGAGGCGUGGGCGCUUUUUUGGUUCUAACUGGGAUAGAAACCGCAGCAAGGCUGGAAGGGUCACUUGAAUACACCUUUGAUACACUGAAGGUGCUAUUUUCAUUGCCCACAUUCUUCAUGUGGAUGCUCCCUUUGGCAAUCUCCGUUUUUCUCUUGGUUUUAUUGCAAUUCCUCAAACACCCUUUUACGGUCCCAGCAUUCUUUCUCUCAAUUUUAGCAUCUUUUUAUCUCCUUAUCGCAGCUAUUCCGGCACUAACCAUCGAAGGCUUGCGGGAUGGCGGCUGGGUUUUCAACGCUCCAAAGUCCAAUGUGCCGUUUUGGCACUUUUACACGCUGUAUGAUUUCAGGGCCAUUCAUUGGGAGGUCGUUCUGGAAAAUAUCCCCACGAUGAUGGCGCUGACGUUUUUUGGGAUAUUGCAUGUUCCGAUCAACGUCCCGAGUUUGGGAAUGACCCUUGGCCUCGAAAAUGUGGAUGUUGACCGAGAACUCAUUGCCCAUGGUGUCUCCAACUGUCUGUCCGGUCUUGUGGGGAGCAUACAAAACUACUUGGUUUAUGCCAAUAGCGUGCUUUUCAUCCGUAGUGGUGGCGAUAGCAGGCUUGCUGGUAUUAUGCUGGCACUAGCAACUACAGCGAUUUGGAUGGCUGGACCUGGGAUCAUCGGAUACAUCCCCGUCUUUGUUGUUGCUAGCUUGAUAUUUUUAUUGGGGAUUGAACUGCUCAGAGAAAGUUUAUAUGAUACCUGGAGAAAGCUGCAUAAGUUUGAGUAUCUUACAGUUUUUAUCACUGCGGUGACGAUGGGGUUAUACGAUUUCGUCGUGGGGAUUCUAGUUGGAAUAAUUUUAACUAGCCUCGCCUUCGUCAUCCAAGCUAGUCAGAAACCAGCUAUUCGUGCUGCAUAUUCGGGCGCCAGGUCGACUGUUCGACGCCAUCCUUUCCAACAACGAUUCUUGAACCAGGUUGGACCUCAGAUCUACUUGUACAAGCUUGGAGGGUUUAUAUUUUUUGGGACAAUAUCCUCGGUGGAGAAUAGUAUCCUUGACCUCCUUGACGAGCGAAAUUUUAACGAACGACCUAUCCGGUUUCUUGUUCUCGACCUGACUGGGGUUAAUGGGAUUGAUUUUUCUGCCGCUGAAGCUUUCAUGAGGAUACGAAGGAUGUUGGAGAAGCGGGAUAUAUUCUUAGUUCUGACCGGACCGAAUGGGGAUGUUAAUGCUGCCUUGGAGGGCGUGGGGAUAUGGGAUGGUGAUGAAGACGGGGUAAAGUUGUUUUCCGACUUGAACGAUGGGCUGCAGUGGUCAGAGAAUUUUCUCCUCGAGGCCUACUAUGCAUCGAAGGAUCAAGUAUCGUCACGCACUACACAUUUAGAGGUACCAAGCCGGCCGAGGGCAGAAGUUGAGAACGUCAUGAACAACUCGCCGAGAAUCAGCCAACUGAGAGCAGCUGCAAAGAUGAGAGAACGAGAGGAGUCGGUAUCGAAGUGGUCAAGCUUUAAACAACCGCUGCCGUUGAUACUUCAGACAUUUCAAGAAAGAACGGCGGAGAACGAAGACUUUUGGUUUCGAAUUAUCGAUUUCUUCGAGAGGAAGGAGUUCCUGAAGGGUGCAGUUCUAUUCAGCCAAGGAGAGGCAGCAUCUGAAUUUUACCUCAUCCAAGAAGGAUUGCUCAAGGCAUCCUAUAACCAUCAAACGGGAAGAUACUAUGAGAGCAUUACGGCUGGGACAACAUGCGGAGAGCUUCCAUUUUUCUCAGAGACACCCAGAACCGCCACUGUUGUCGCUGAACGAGAUUGCGUGACCUGGGCAAUGAACCGGGAACAAUGGGCUCAGUUGCAGGAACAAUAUCCGGAUGUUGGGAGAGAAUUGUACCGGUUGGCGUUAAAGCUAACUACGGAGAGAAUGGAAUCCAUAACAACUUAUAUACUUACGAGGAGCAGUUGA